AUGCAUGCUUCACUGUCCCUUCUUGUGUCUGCAACAGCAGUUGUUUCAGCAACUGCUAUAAUUGCACCUCGAGCAGUCAGCUCCCUCGGCCUCGGCCAGCCCUGCUCCUCCUCAGCCCAGUGUGCUAAUGGUGCCGCCUGCUAUGCCGUCAACUCGAUGCAGAUUCCCAGCUGUGGCAACUUCCAAGCGGCAUGUACAGCAGAUUCUCAGUGUGCAUUCAAUACUUGUGUUAAGGGCUUCUGCAAUGGAUUGCCCUCCGCCUCCUCCAUCAUGACUUCAACCACCUCGACUGCACCAGCCCCCACAGGUACUGGCACUGUUGCCCUUGGCCAACCCUGCUCUCCGUCCCUUCCCGAUCAAUGCAUUGGUGGAGCUACGUGCUUCGCCGUCAACUCGAUGGUCAUUCCUUUGUGUGGUAAUUUCCAGGCGCCCUGCACGUCAAACGCCCAAUGUGCUUUUGACACUUGCAUUAAAGGUGUCUGCAAGGGGUUCCCUUCCUCACCUGCCACUGUCCCAGCUACAUCAGCGACAGCAUUAACUGGGCAGCCAUCCGCUGCGACAUCUUCGGAAGUAUCAGCAAUGGCAGCAUCAACUCAGCAACCUCCCGCAAAAGCAUCAUCAGGAACCGCAAGAGCACCCUUGAGAACCGCAGGAGUACCUUUGGGAAUAGGAUCAACACGAGCACCAGCAGCAACCAUUCAACCCGUCGGCAUCAUGGCAUCUAGCGCGCACAUGCAAAAUGCCACCAUGACUAUGUCAACGGCUACUGGUGGUGCCGCAGAAAGCUCGGGGCCAACUGGGCCACAGCACAGACCUCAGUUGACAACACACUCUACAAAACAUGCAGCUACCCCAACUCCAAGCCCAACAAAGAAGAAGUCUAGCGCUCGCCGCAACGGUACUGAAAUUGGCGCCCUGUUGGCUGUUGCCGCAUUUGUUGUGAUGGUGAUGUGA